AGUGGAGACACCCCAGCCUCUCGGGGGGUGCAGUGGACCCAGGAAGGGGCACCUGCCCGGCAGAUGCGAGGCCACAGGAACCACUCGCGGCUGAAAUCCAGAUGUGCUUCUCUGGGCAACGUCCAUCACCGCCAGGCACAGAUGGCGCACGGUGCACACUGCCGAGGGGGCCGGACACCACAGUCACCAGACAGCCGGGGCCGAACCGCUGAGGGCCGCACCCGGGACAGAUGGACGUACGGGCCCAUCGGGGCCCUCAUCAACGUCAGCUUUCCCGGAGCAAAGGGUGGGAGAACGGCCGAGGGCGAGCCCUCAUGGGCGUGGGUCUUGAGAAGUGGCUAUUUGCAGAGACAGGCUCUUCCUGGGCUUCCCGUCUCCACCCGAGUGGGUGCCUGCUGGUGGCAACACCAUCCAGGCAGGGACUCAGGGUUCUUGGGACCUGGAUUUAUUGACCUGCUCAGAGAGGAGCCCAGUGGCCGUGCAGAUGGGAAGGCAGCUGCUCAGAAAACAGGGCGUCUUUAUUUGUUCCCGACUUUCCUAGGCAACAAAUUACCAGAGGCCGCCGACUCGUUUGGGGAAAUUGCUUCUGGGAACAGUGUUAUUUUUACCUCCGUCUUGCAAUCCUCUCACCCACCCGGCACCCCACCGCCCAGCGCACGCAAGCCAAGUCCCGGAGCUGCCAUGCUCGUCUGUGAGGAAACGCUGGAGCUGGGUCCCCAGGGCUGCCGGGGGUCCACGAGCCCCCAGGGCCAGGCCGUGAGCUUGGUCGGUGGGCCUAUGGCCGGAGGCUCCAGGCUGGGAGGGGCUGGCUGCACCAUGGGCCUGUUCAGAGUCCUCCAGGCCAGACGCCCCAGGGACGGCACCUGGGCUGACCCUCGAAGAUGCUCCAGGUGUGUAGAGGGCUCGGGCCUCACCAGGGCUGCCCUUGUGAGUCCAGGGCCAUCGGGGGUGGAGGAGGACACCAGGAGGGCAGGCUGCGUGCUUGUGGACUCCUGGAGGUCGUCCACCCACAGAAGCCGUGUUCUCAUUAUCAACACGCCCUCUGGCAGGACGCCCUGGAGCCAGGGCUCCCUCGGCAGCACCGGGCGCUACAACCAGACCUGGGCACCAGGCAGCCAGCAGCGGGGGCCGUGCUUGGAUGCAGCUCUAUGCGAGGAUUUUGUGCCAGAGCCUACUCCUGCCUUCUUUCAAUAUCCUCCACAAGCCUUCAGCAAAACCGAGGUUCGCGACUUGGGGAGGGGAGGCCUUUAUGCCUUUUCCAAGGAGGAGAAGGUAUCUGAGGCCCAGCGGUUAGAGGCCUACGAGACCCACGGCCUUGGCCUGAGUACAGGCCGACAGAACCCUGUGCCGUCCCCCUGCAAGCCUGGAUGCGUGUGCCAGGGCCUUGCGCUGGACGCAGAGGCCUGGCCGAGGCACCCUGGACGCAGGCCCUGUGCGGCCAAGGAGGCCUGCCUGGGCCCACCUGGCUGCACGGGGGAGCUGAGCCUCCCUGAGGAGAAAGGAAUCGCACCUGGGGCAGCAACAGCAGCUCCUGCCUGGGUCCCUCAUGGCCGCAUGAGCCGCUUCCUCGCUGUAAAGCUCUUCACCUAUGUAGCUAUGUAUCAAUGUAAACAGGAACGUAUCCUCCGCCUCUGCAUCUCUGGUGAAUCCGGGCGAUACGUGCGGCGCUCACGCUUCGGUAACUUUGCAGCGCUCAUGGUGAGUACGGGGGUCCCGGGGGUCCUGCAGCUGGGGGCUAGGCCGCUGCGGGGGGGCGGCCACCCGUUCGGGGACUCCCAGGCUGGAAAAGUUGUGGAAUGGCGAGCUGGUGACUGGGCUUCCGGGCUCAGUGCCGGGGAAAGAAGGUUCCUCAGCCAGUCGGAGCUGCAGACCUGGCCCUGGACACCUCACUGUGCAGGAAAGAAGGUUCCUCAGCCAGUCGGAGCUGCAGACCUGGCCCUGGACACCUCACCGUGCAGGAAAGAAGGUUCCUCAGCCAGUCGGAGCUGCAGACCUGGCCCCGGACACCUCACCCGCAGGGAGGAAGAUUCCUUCAGGCAGCUGGCAUUCCCCAGGUUUGAAGAGGUCACUUUCCCACCUCUCACUGCUGCAGAAAGGUUAACACCCUCUGUCCAUGGUGGACACUCUCUAGCCAGCCAGGGCCUCGUCUUGGCUGGACGGACAAGAAGUGUGGCCUUAGGAGGGAAGCAGGAGCUCUCGGGCCCCCUGGCUGCCUGCGUCCCGACACAGGAUCUGAAGACAGUGCUCUCCCUGCCCCGCUACCCAGGGGAGUUCCUGCACCCCGUGGUGUACGCGUGCACGGCCGUCAUGCUGCUCUGCCUCCUGGCCUCCUUCGUCACCUACAUCGUGCACCAGAGCGCCAUCCGCAUCAGCCGCAAGGGCCGGCACACGCUCCUGAAUUUCUGCUUCCACGCGGCCCUGACCUUCACUGUGUUCGCCGGCGGCAUCAAUCGCACCAAGUACCCCAUCCUGUGCCAGGCGGUGGGCAUCGUGCUGCACUAUUCUACACUGUCCACCAUGCUGUGGAUAGGAGUGACCGCCAGGAACAUCUACAAGCAGGUGACCAAGAAGGCCCUUCUGUGCCUGGACGCAGACCAGCCGUACCCCAGGCAGCCCCUGCUCAGGUUUUACCUCGUCAGCGGAGGGGUCCCCUUUAUCAUCUGUGGGGUCACGGCUGCCACGAACAUCAGGAAUUACGGGACAGAGGACGAGGACACGGCGUACUGCUGGAUGGCCUGGGAGCCCAGCCUGGGCGCCUUCUACGGCCCAGCCGCCAUCAUCACCCUGGUCACCUGUGUGUACUUCCUGGGCACCUACGUGCAGCUGCGGCGCCACCCAGGGCGCAGGUACGAGCUGCGCACACAGCCCGAGGAGCAGCGGCGGCUGGCGACACCCGAGGGCGGCCGUGGGAUCCGGCCAGGCACCCCACCCGCACACGAUGCCCCCGGCGCCUCCGUGCUGCAGAACGAGCACUCAUUCCAGGCACAGCUGCGCGCCGCCGCCUUCACGCUGUUCCUGUUCAUGGCCACGUGGGCCUUCGGGGCGCUGGCGGUGUCGCAGGGCCACUUCCUGGACAUGGUCUUCAGCUGCCUGUACGGCGCCUUCUGCGUGACCCUGGGACUCUUCGUGCUCAUCCACCACUGCGCCAAGCGUGAGGACGUGUGGCAGUGCUGGUGGGCAUGCUGCCCGCCCCGCAAGGACGCCCACCCCGCACUUGACGCCAACGGGGCCGCGCUGGGCCGCGCCGCCUGCCUGCACUCGCCGGGACUGGGCCAGCCACGGGGCUUCGUGCACCCACCGGGCCCCUGCAAGAUGACCAACCUGCAGGCCACGCAGGGCCACGCCAGUUGCCUGUCACCGGCCACCCCGUGCUGCGCCAAGAUGCACUGCGAGCCACUGACGGCGGACGAGGCGCACGUGCACCUGCAGGAGGAGGGCGCCUUCGGGCACGACCCCCACCUGCACGGGUGCCUUCAGGGCAGAACUAAGCCGCCCUACUUUAGCCGGCACCCAGCAGAGGAGCCCGAGUACGCCUACCACGUCCCAUCCAGCCUGGAUGGCAGCCCCCGCAGCUCGCGCACAGACAGCCCCCCCAGCUCUCUGGAUGGCCCGGCGGGGACACACACGCUGGCCUGCUGCACCCAGGGCGACCCCUUCCCCAUGGUCACCCAGCCCGAGGGCAGUGAUGGGAGCCCUGCCCUCUACAGCUGCCCCACGCAGCCGGGCAGGGAGGCAGCUCUCGGGCCCGGCCACUUGGAGAUGCUGCGGAGGACACAGUCCCUGCCCUUUGGCGGCCCCAGCCAGAACGGGCUGCCCAAGGGUAACUUGCUAGAAGGCCUGCCGUUUGGCACCGACGGGACCGGCAACAUCCGAACGGGACCCUGGAAAAACGAAACUACUGUGUAGAUGGGGCAGAGGACACGGUGUUCCUGGAGGAGCUUCAGAGCAGAGUGGGGGGCCCAUCUGCCACAUGAGGUCACUGGGGGCACCGAAGUGACUCUACCUUUCAGAAGCAGUUCACACCCCUGCCCCCUUCCUUGUGAAAGACCUCAGCGGGGAAACGCUCUGGGCCAUGCCCACUCCCCUUAUCCCAAUUCCGCGUGCUGGUCCCCGCACACGGUCAUCCGGUUUCUGUCCUGUGGUCUCCAGUCCUGGGGCACCCCAGAGGCAGAGCAGCGGAUUCCAUCAAAGGACCCACCGAGACCCCAGCAUGGCCCUGCCCGAGAUGCCCUGCUGCCCACGGAGUCCUGGCUUCCCCUGGUGUGGCCGGGCAGGGCCGAGAUCGCAGGAGGGGGCUGCCCUGACCUUUCCCAGUGUUCAAUGUGUGUGUCUUGCGUUCUACUCCAGGGGUGGUGGCGGCAGGUCUGUCCCCAGCAUUCUCGCUCUGGGCAGAACCCUCGGGACCCUCCGCUGUCCUGUGUCUGAGCCGCCCCUGCAGAUUCACAGGGCCCCUGCACACCUCUGCCCACUCAGUGUGCCCUGUGAGCCCUGUCCUUGUCGUAGCCCCAGCCCUGCAGGGCUGAGAGCACCACAGAUGCUGGAGGCUGCUCUGGACUUUGGGGAUGGCUGUCAGCCUCAGAGGGCCAAUGGGGGGCUUUCACGGGCCCAAGCCUUGGGAAAAUGCCCAGACAUCCUUUAGUGAAGACUCGACUUCCAAAACCAGCCACCGCUGGGACUGGAUUCCACUCCAGUAUAGGCACUUAGCAACACGAAGGUUUAUUCCAAAAAGAAAAGGGGCUGACAGACGGGAGAUUCUCAUGGACAAAAUCCCUUUCCCUUUUUCUCAUCUCCAUGAACAUCUGGGCACCAAGCCCUGACUCAAAGGACAGAUGUGGAUGACAACAAGCCUUCUGUGAAAGCAAGUGGCCCGUCCCUAGAUGGGAGGGAGUCCAGAGGGUCAUGGGUGUGAAACUGUGCACAGCUUUCCCUCUCUCCCUCUUCCUCCUUGUCUGUGACACGUGUGCACCCACACAUACACACACACACACAAACACGUGCAUAUCACACACAUGCACACACAAACACGUGCAUAUCACACACACGCACACACACGCACACAAACGUGCAUAUCACACACACACGCACACACAAACACGUGCAUAUCACACACGUGCAUAUCACACACAUACACACAAACACAUGUGCACACAUACUUAACACACACUUGCACCUGCUAUGCACAUGUGCGCACACACAUAGUAGUGUGUUUUCCAGCCACCCACACACCGGGUUUUCAUUGGAGAUUGUUUCACCCUGCAAACGUCAACGUCAGCAGACUCAUCGGUGCACUCUGCUAUCCGGUUGGGAGGUCUCACCAGGAGCAGAGCCUCCCUAACGUGCACCUCCGAGAAGAGGGGUGUCGGGGAGCGUUCCCAGCACCUGCUCAGUGGAAGGGCUUUCCGGAGACUGGCACUCAGUAUCUGAGUAUGAGGAGCCUCACUUCCCGGGGUGUCGGUAAACUUGACCGUGACUCAGUAACCCACAGCGUGCUUCUCCCAGCAAACCCCGUGUGUCCUUACAGGUCGACCAGACCGGCCGUCGGAGGACCGUCAGGUGGCUCUGCCUCUGCCUCACCUUCUCACCUGCUUCCAUAGUUGAUGUGAACCCGAAUCCCCACGCUGUGCUGUGUACACACUGUAGGUGCAGAACCGUCCACACAAAAAUACAGUCUUGGCAUUGUUUGUUCUUUGUGAGGCUGGUUAAUAGCAUCCCCGUGUGUUUUUCUCACCCUCGAUGGGGGUAGAGGGGCACCUGAGUGUGUGGCCCCCGUCUGUGUCCUGGAUCCCGGGGCAGGGCUGCUCUCCCUGGCCCCUCCAGCCCCUCAUGAACUUUCUGCCCUCGGUGCCCCUGGCUGAGCAGAGAGGCUUCCCACCAUUCAACCAAAGAAAGUCAACAUUGAACAUUAAACCUCUGUGUGUUUCUAUACUGA